GCCCUGCCGCCGCGAGGGAGCGCGGGAAAUCCCGAGUGCUGCUGGAAUCCCGCGGGCCGGUGGGACUAUGGCCACUUCUUCGGUGUCCAAGGGUUGUUUUGUGUUUAAGCCAAACUUCAAGAAGAGAAAGAUCUCUGUGCCAGUAGAGGACUAUUUUAAUAAAGGGAAAAAUGAGUCUGAGGACAGUAAGCUUCGAUUCGAAACUUAUCAGUUGAUAUGGCAGCAGAUGAAAUCUGAAACUGAGCAACUACAAGAAGAAUUAAAUAAAAACCUAUUCAAUAGUCUAAUUGAAUUUCUGCAACAGUCUUAUUCUGGAUUCCAUAAGAAUUCAAGAGACUGGGGCUGUCAAAUAAAACUCAGAGAAAUUCCAACUGCUGCUCUUAUUCUAGGUUACAACAAUUGGAAGUGGAGUGGGGAAAAUGUAAUCAAGAGGGAUGGCUUGAUAGAUUGUUGAGAGAGCACUGUUUAAAUCCCUUCUCUGCCUACUGCCAAAAGGAGAAAAGAAGCUAAUGGAAAUCUUAUAUUUCAAAGUGUGAAUGUAACUGAUCAUGAUUUAACAUUCAGAAGUCUAACAGAAGCCCUUCAGAAUAAUGUCACUCCAUAUGUAGUCUCAUUGCAAGCUAAAGAUUGUCCAGAUAUGAAACAUUUUUUGCAAAAGCUGGUCUCAAAGUUGAUGAACUGCUGUGUAGAUGAGGAAUCCAAAGAGGAAAGUAUUCAGGUCACCCAGAAAAAGACAUUUUGUUCAAUGGAUUCUCUUUCCAGCUGGUAUAUGAGUGUCACACAGAAGACAGAUCCAAAACUGCCAAGGAAAAAGAGGACUUCGUCUAGCCAAUGGCAGUCUCCUCCUGUUGUGCUUAUCUUAAAGGAUUUGGAAAGCUUCACCACAAAAGUACUCCAGGACUUCAUAAUUAUCAGCAGUCAACAUCUACAUGAAUUUCCACUAAUACUCAUUUUUGGAAUUGCCACGUCUCCUAUUAUCAUCCAUCGGUUGCUUCCUCAUGCAGUAUCAUCUCUGUUGUGCAUAGAACUUUUCCAGUCUCUGUCCUGCAAGGAGCACCUGACUACGGUACUUGAUAAGCUACUUCUUACAACUCAGUUUCCCUUUAAACUAAGUGAAAAAGUGCUACAGAUUUUGACCAACAUCUUUUUGUAUCAUGAUUUCUCAAUUCAAAACUUUAUAAAAGGACUUCAGCUUUCUCUAUUAGAACAUUUCUACUCUCAGCCCCUCAGUGUCCUAUGCUGUAAUCUCUCGGAAGCCAAGAGAAGAAUAAAUUUUUUAUCAGAAAAUCAAUGUGAAAACAUCCGACGUCUUCCAUCAUUUAGGAGGCACGUGGAAAAGCAAGCUUCAGAAAAGCAAGUUGCACUAUUGACCAAUGAGAGAUUUUUGAAGGAGGAAAUACAAUCAUUACUAGAAAACUUACAUGUUUACCAUACAAAUUACUUCCUGGUUUUGAGAUGUCUUCAUCAGUUCACCUCUUCUCUUCCCAAGUACCCAUUGGGUCGACAGAUCAGAGAGCUGUACUGCACUUGUUUAGAAAAGAAUAUAUGGGAUUCAGAGGAGUAUGCAUCAGCUUUGCAGCUGCUGAGGAUGUUGGCAAAGGAUGAACUGAUGACCAUACUUCAGAAAUGUUUCAAGGUUUUUAAGUCCUCUUCUGAAAAGCAGCUUGGGAGCACAGCAAAGAGAAUAGAGGAGUUUCUGGCCCAGUUUCAGAGUCUUGAUGAAGCCAAAGAAGAAGAAGAUACUUCAGGGCUACAGUCAAAGGGGCUUCAGAAGACAGACCUUUAUCAUCUUCAGAAGUCCUUAUUGGAAAUGAAGGAAUUAAGAAGAACCAGUAAGAAGCAGACCAGGUUUGAAGCACUCAGAGAAAAAGUUGUCAACUUCAUUGACAGUCUGGUGAGAGAAUACCUUCUGCCUCCAGAGACACAGCCUCUGCACGAGGUGAUGUACUUCAGUGCCGCCCACACCCUGCGUGCGCACCUGAAUGCUGCUCCCAGAAUCGCCCUCCACACUGCACUCAACAAUCCUUAUUAUUAUCUCAAGAAUGAAGCACUGAAAAGUGAAGAAGGCUGCAUUCCAAAUGUCGCCCCGGACAUCUGCAUAGCAUAUAAACUGCACCUCGAGUGUAGCAGGCUAAUCAACCUUGUGGACUGGUCAGAGGCUUUUGCAACAGUUGUGACAGCUGCUGAAAAAAUGGAUGCAAAUUCUAUAACCUCAGAAGAAAGGAAUGAAAUUAUCCAUGCUCGAUUUAUUAGAGCUGUUUCCGAACUAGAACUUUUAGGAUUUAUAAAACCUACCAAACAGAAGACUGACCAUGUGGCAAGGCUAACAUGGGGAGGCUGCUAGAAAGCAAAAAGGACACGAGUCAUAUUUAUAAACCACCAUGAGACUGUUGGCGAGAAAUGUAUAAUCCUUGUGUGAUGCUUCACCACAAAUAGACUGCUCACCCCAAACAGGAACAUAUCAAAAUACCUUUGGAGUACUUUAGAAUCCAACAAAUGAUAUGCUUACAUUUUAACUAAAACGUCUCGCACAUUAUCCCUGCAGUUUUCAGUCAUUUCUAAAUUAUAAAUGUUCUUGCGCACACAUAGUUUAUAAAUGUAAUAAAUUCCUUUAUCCAGGAGUAUAAA